AUGUUUCGAGCUAAACAACAUGUGCUUCUGUGCUAUCAUGGAAGGAAAGACCGCUACAACAAGAAGAUCUUGAAGUACUAUGUCACGUACAACGAAGAUGACUCCGACAACGACCAGCAGAUCGACACUGAAAAACAUGAAGAGCAAGAGAUGGGGAAGAAGAAGCUUGACCUCAGCGGCCCGACGAGUGGCGUCUUGGAGAAAGUGGCCCCUGUGUCUGACAGCGACCAGGAGUCAUCCGACGAGGAGAAGGAGAAGAAGGCCAAUGAGCUCACCCAGGGCCAGCAGGAGCUGACCAACUUCAAGAAAUUCUCUGACUCGCUGCUCUCCAAGUCUGCCAAGCUCCACAAGCUGCUCGCUGAGCUCGAGGAGUACAUCCCCGACAUCCCGGACGGUGCAGACAAGAAGAAAGCCAACAGGACUGUGAAGGCAUUGGAGGAUGUCGUCGGCGUCCUGGAAGAUGAGAAUGAAAAGAUGGAGAAAUGUCGAGCUGAGUGUGCGCAGCUGACCAACAAGAGCCUUCCUGAGGAAGAGUUCAAGAGGCUUGCGGGGAAGCUGGAUGGGCAAAUGCAGAAAACCACGGUUACGACAAAUGCCCAUGUUCCUCAAUCGGUCAGCAUCCUGGAUCUGCAAUCCAAAGUUCAGGAAAAGCCAGGAGCUGUUCUGGAGCCUCUUCCAGCUUGCAGUGACACCCACUCCACCAAGCCUCCCGAGCUUGAGAGCGCCGCAUGCAAGCACGUCGUGGAGACUGCAAGCGCUGCCGUGGCAGAGGAUCCAGAGGGGGGGCACACGCCUGCUCUCCGAGAGCUUAGUUCUGUGUCUUUGACUGAUGCUGAGACAGGUGUGCAUCGUGUCUUCAGGAAGUAUGGCCUAGCUGCUGAUUUGCCCUUGAAGAGGGCUGUCAUUGGACCAGGGCCACUGGCAGCUUUUCCAUACUUGAAGUUUUCUGAUUGCGUUCGGUAUCUCAUCGAGAGGAAGCAGCUUGGCCAGCUUUGUGGUACGAAUGACAUUGAGCAGAUGAAUGUGCUGCUGUCUGAGUUCUGGCGCAGAUACAAAUUAGUGGAGCCCGAACAUGAGCUUUGGGCCUUGGCAGCUGCCAACCAGGUCGACUUGAAGUUUUGCUUGCCAAUCUACAGUCAUACUGAUGAAGGCAGGACCUUGAAGAAGAAGCCAUUUUGGAUCUUGUCGUGCCAUGGUGCACUAGGUGCUGGCACAGCCAAGAACAUCAGAAGUGUGCCCAUCUCACCCAUGAACAUCAGGGAGGAUGGCAUGCGCCUUAACUUCCUGGGCAACACCUGGGGGACCCAGUUCUUGGUGUCUGUGAUGACAAGGCAGCUGCAGAAUGAGCACCCGGCCUCCAUGCAGAAGAUUGUGGCAGAGUUCGCGAAGGACAUGCAGAUGCUCAUUAGCAAGGGAGUUACAUCCAAGGAUGGCAACUUGAAGAUAUGGUGUGUUCAUCUUGCAAACAAAGGGAACCUCCCAGCCCUGAUCCGGCUGGGGCACUUUGAGCGGAACUAUGCUCGAUGCCCAAAGGCACCGAGCUCGAAGACUGAAUGCAUUGGCAUCUGCCAUUUGUGCCAGGCAGGUGUUGAAGGACCGGGAAACACAGCCCUCCAUCCAUGGGAGGACUUCCGGGAAGGGGCCUCAUGGCGCGAUACACUGUAUCAGGAGGUUCCGUGGGAGACCGAGCCUGAAGUUCUCAUGGGCGUUCCAACUGUUCGUGGUGCAGCAGAAAGCUUUUUUGUUGUGGAUGUUUGGCACACAUUUCACUAUGGAAUUGCUCGAAACUAUGUGGGCUCAGCGAUGAUUCAUUUGAUCACUCAUUUUUUUGAUGACAGAUCCUGGCCUGCCAAGUUUGCUCACUUGUCGAGGGAGUACUUUUCUUUUUGUCAAAGACAGAGGUUGACACCAUACCUCAACGAGAUCAAUGAGUAUACUUUCAACUACGAAUCAGAGAAAGCUUUUCCUCUGGGCCACUGGUCCAAGGGUGCAGUCUCCACGAACAUGAUGCUGUUUUUGGAGGACCUCCUGCAGAGGAUUCCAAAAUGUGCCAAUGGGUUCGGAACCCAUUGGCAGAAGCAGUACAAAUGCAAGAAGAUUAUGUGGGCCGGCCGAGCAGAGUCUCACGGAGGGUGA